CACAUGCGUAUGAGGGUCGUCAGGAGCGAUCUUCACACUUCACAGCGUCGUCUCCAUCAGCGGAGCAUGCAGAGGUGUCCGGAGAGUCCAUUUUCGCCUUGCAGGGCAGCUACCUUAUCAGCAGUUACACCAAUGGGCUUGCACACCGAAAAAAAAGCGCUUUAGUGAAAGCUUCAACUUAAGCGAUGAUUCAGACGAUGGCAUGGUACAGAAAAGAAAUUAAAAGCACGUUAUCACUUCAAGAGGGUAACUUGUCAACAGAAGGUGACAAGGAAGAAGAAUACGGCAAGCAGGUGCCACAGGUUGGAAGACAGGCAGGAAUCAGCCUCACGACAGCCGUGCCAAGAGGACGGUAUCACCCAGCAACAGUCUUUACAGGGCACCGCACAUCAGCUAUCUUGGCUUCUGGGGGUUUGGGUACGUAGCAGAAACCUCCCGAGCCCACAGAGAGUCGUCUGGCACCUGACUUGCCUCUGUGCUCUCCACCACUUGAAGGACUUGGUGCAGAGGGCAGAAGCGCUAGUUCAGAGAGCGAUGGAGCAGCGAGACGAGGGGACCAGGUCAACAGUGAAGAAGGGUCCAAGCAGCUCAUGUCCUCAGUGCCUGAUCCUAAACCAGCCACCGAGGAGGAGGAACAGCUGCAGGGAAGCGUCCCAGGACCAAAGCCUUGCCUGAGGACUUAUAAGAGGGUGAGCUGGGAGGGCAGCGAUGAGCUCCGAGUCCUGGAGACUGCCGAGGAGGUGAUGCUGAGCACUCCCAAUGUGCUAUCAGCUGGAUGA